UCCUAUGUUCCUAUGGGAGGAAGGGGGUGAGUUGGAGGGACUUCAAGAUAGAGUGCCAGAGAACGGGGGCAGAAUGGCUGAACGCUCACCAAUCAAGCAUUAGGAGUGAGUGUUAGCAGGUUAUUGAUUGCAGGAGAUGAUCGCAGCUCUGCAGAAUCUUGUCCUCGCACUUUCUACAAUUCCCAGUGAUGUCAACAAAGGGGGAAACAGACAACAGUGAAUUGGGGAAGUGGGUAAUGAACAGUCCUGGUGUUCAGCCAGGUGACAAAUGGCCUGGUAAUGCUAGCCUGACCUGUGCUGAUUCUGCUUCAGUUUAUCACUGUUCCUCCCUCUAAUCUCACGCCAUCAAUUGCAAACCUUACGUCCGUUCCAAAAAUGUUAGUUUUACAAAAAGUAGUCUGUGAAAAUUAUGAAUGGCCCAUUAGCUGGACUGUGUGUCACCCUUUCUUAGGCUUGUUGAGUGUGUUAAACACUGUCAGCCUCCCCUCCGCAGCUCUCGUUGUUCCUGUGUUCCAUUACAGGCGGCAGGAGGUGGUCGCUGACUGGUUUGAUUGACAAGAAUAUUUGCAGCACAGAGAGAGCGAGCGAGAGAGAAAGCGAGUGGGAUUGAGAGGGGCUGAAUGUGAUCUCAGAAAGCGAGGGUCAUUUGAAGGUUAGCUGCCAGGGAAAGGGUUCAGUGAGAGUUCAGGCGCAUAUUUUAAGCAAAUGAAUCCUUUAAACCCAGUGACAGAGAGAGGGAGGGAAGGGAGAAGGCAGCAGAGAGGCUCCACUGCAUCUUAUUCACAACCACAUAGCAGGGGAGACCGGAGGAGCAGGACUUAAACUCUGCAGUUUAUUGUCACACGCAGCAGCCUGGCAAUCACAGGGGCCUUUGAUGGAGGUGUGAUUUGGACUCUGAGCUGCUCUCUGAGAGGAAGGCGUGGGGAGCGGGGAUGCUGCUGUGAGUGUGUGUGUUUGUUCGCUCUCGCUCUGUAGGGCUUGGUGCUGCUGUGGUAUUUCAGUGAUAAAUGAAGAGUUGGAUUGAUUACAGGAUCACGGCUUCACCAGCUGCAAGUGAGCAUGAUUCUGGGACCCAGAUACAACAACAGAAACAAAAUCAAACAUGAUCCCUCGUGCUAACUCUGGUCUCGUCCCCUUUUGACUGAGAGGUGCUGGUCCUGGGCUAAUGCUAAUUUGCAGCCUAUCAAAGCCGGUCUGAAGGAAGCAAAGAGAGAGAGAGAACAGGGACCUGCGACUGUUUGCCUGCAGAUCAGCUUCAGGGGCAGUUUGUCUUCUGCUCCCUUCUGUCUCAUGAUGUUUGACUGCAUGGAUGUGUUGACAGUAAAUCCAGGACAGCUGGUGGAUUUUUACUCUCAAAGCCCUUCCUGCCUGCUCCAGGACAAGGGAUCCAGCCCACCCUGCUUCAUUGGGAUCGGACACAAAGACUGGCAGAGGCUUCCCCACCCUCAGUCCAUAGAAACACAGAGUACCAGCUCAGAGGAAAUAGUGCCCAGCCCACCCUCUCCACCCCCUCCUCCGCGUGUAUACAAACCCUGCUUCGUCUGCCAGGACAAGUCGUCAGGCUAUCACUAUGGAGUCAGUGCUUGCGAAGGAUGCAAGGGUUUCUUCAGGAGAAGUAUUCAGAAGAACAUGGUGUACACCUGCCAUAGAGACAAGAACUGCAUCAUCAACAAAGUCACACGCAAUCGAUGCCAGUACUGCCGGCUACAGAGGUGCCUGGAAGUGGGGAUGUCUAAGGAAUCUGUGCGGAAUGACAGGAAUAAGAAGAAGAAGGAGGUUCCCAAGCAGGAGUGUUCAGAGAGCUACACAAUCACACCCGAGAUCGAGGACCUCAUAGAGAAAGUCCGCAAGGCCCAUCAGGAAACCUUCCCAGCAUUGUGUCAGCUCGGCAAAUACACAACUAAUAACAGUGCUGAGCAGAGGGUAACAUUAGAUAUCGAUCUCUGGGACAAGUUCAGUGAACUCUCGACAAAGUGUAUUAUUAAGACAGUCGAGUUUGCCAAACACCUGCCUGGAUUCACCACUCUGACCAUCGCUGACCAAAUCACCCUCCUCAAAGCUGCCUGUCUGGACAUCUUGAUCCUGCGAAUCUGUACCAGGUAUACCCCCGACCAGGACACCAUGACCUUCUCUGAUGGCCUUACCCUCAACAGAACACAGAUGCAUAAUGCUGGCUUUGGCCCUCUCACAGACCUGGUGUUCGCCUUUGCCAAUCAGCUACUGCCUCUGGAGAUGGACGAUGCAGAGACAGGACUCCUCAGCGCCAUCUGUCUCAUCUGUGGAGACCGGCAGGACCUGGAGCAGGCAGAGAAAGUGGACAAGUUGCAGGAGCCGUUAUUGGAAGCUCUGAAGAUCUAUGUGAGGAAGAGGCGGCCGAACAAGCCACACAUGUUUCCCAAGAUGCUGAUGAAGAUCACGGACCUGCGCAGCAUCAGUGCCAAAGGUGCUGAGCGGGUUAUUACCCUCAAAAUGGAGAUUCCAGGAUCCAUGCCACCGCUCAUUCAGGAAAUGCUGGAGAAUUCUGAUGGACUCGACCCUUCCUGCUCUCCUUGUAGCAAAAGCAGCGUGGCCCGUCCGUGUAGCAGUCCCAGCCCCAGCCCCAGCAUGUCUCCCAGCUCUGCCAGCAGCAGCCCCACCACACAGUCACCGUAGCUUCAUGAACAACACAGGGCGAGUGAGUCGGACUCUCACUCACUCGACAUUUGAUGUGAUUAUAAGCCGGAUAAGCUGCACAGCGCCGCCGCAAGUUUGUAGCCGCGUUUCCUGCAGCAGUUUGUGGAAGACAGAAUGGAACUGGCACCCUGCUCCGCCACACAGAAGCUCUCACUGAAAAACACAACGAACAAUGGCCCAGAGCUGCACUGAGCAAACGAUCUGAACUCUUACAACCCCUGAAAUAAGAAUCAAUCGUUGCCACAGAACCCUGCAAGCACUGAGCCUCUGGUGGCUGCAGAGCAACGCUUGAGUUAAAGCUAGGAGAGAACUGUGAAGACCCUCGUUUUUGUUUUUUUUUGUUUUGAAUUUUAUUUUCCUCCUUGUUUAUUUUCCAUCAUCUCAUUUAAUUUCUAGCUGAUAGUCACACAGGUUCACCAGCAGAAACCCGAUUGUGUCGGAACACAAAGGAACAAAGCAAAGUUUAUAGAAAUGAAACCAGUUUUUACAAAAAAAUUACCAUUUGGAUGAUUUUCAGCAUUGUUUAACAUUGGGUUUAUCAGAAGGAAACAAAAAUGACACUUUUGCGAAUGAGUUGUUUAUGUAAAAGAAUGAAGGUAACUAGGUCAAUCUAGGGAUGUUUGUAAAUAAGCUGUUCUGCUCAAUAUGCUCCAAAGAGUUCCCAACCCUCUAUGCCUUUGUUCACUAGAUGUUCAUGUUAAGCACAUUUAUUCUGAGAGAAUGAGAGAGGUCCUGUAGGUCUGGAAAUCUACCAGCUUGAUGUGUGCACACACACAUACACAGGAUACAUUUAUAACCACUGCCAUCUAUUGAUUGGGAAUUGGUUGGGAUGGGCAGGACACUGGGUUAAAACACUGUCCUCUUUUUCUGGAAUUUAAAGUCCAGUGUGAGCAGCAGAUCGCUGGAUCUGUGGGCUAUUGUUGACUGGGUGCUGAAGGUUGGAAAGUGCGCUGAGAUGGACUGUCCAGAUCCCUACGUUUUAUCAUAGAAUCACUUUUCAAAAAAGAUAAAUUAUUUCCACCUUUUAAAAAUCCCAGUGUUUUUUUUAAGAAAUAUAAGUGAAGUAAAACCUCUUGUAACCUUUUACUGAUCAAUUCAGGUUCCUCUGUAGUCCAGCUCAAGAAGUUCUCAGUGGGUUAGAUUGACUGCAGUUGCUCGCAAUGGCUUGAUCGCACCAGUAGUGUCUUUGGCGGAGUGGAAUUUGAGCUUCUCAGGGUUUUGACCAGCAGUUACUGUGAGCAAAGACCCAACACAGUGCUCAGUAAAGGUGUGACUGACUGGACAUGAGAAGGAACGGCUGCUGUGUCUUUCCACCACAUCUUUAUUGGCUCUCAAUGAUCUAGUUAUAAUUCUGCUUUAAAACUGCGUUGGAUAUUUUUGGAUAUUUGAUACUGCUGAGUAUCUAGUCACACACAUCUCAAAGGGUGAAACACAGGCAAUAAAUAACUCAAAACAAAUGAGCUGACACAGGCUGGGAGCAAGUGUUGCUCUGGGUCACUUCCACUUUGUGUUGCUCUCUACCUCCUGUAGCCCCACACCACAGGGCCAUCAAAAUCCACAAUUUUGCUCUUUCACACCCAUCAGCUGAGUUUUGGGGUUGGGGCUGAGCUGUGGCUGAGGCUGAACUGGGCUGGGGGUGAAUUCAAGUGAUGCAAAACAGAUGGGAGUUCAGAAAGAACAGCAUUUACCAAAACAAUUUAAACAAUUUGGCAAAUAUCCCCUCCCCCACAACACCGACUCCUUAAAAAAUGAAUUCAGUGCUACCUGUUUAGGAUCAGUUUAGGUUCCUGUGUAAAGAAAUGGGCUGAAGCAAAGGUUGUUGCUGCUGCUACAAACACCAGCUAUAUUGACUUUCAGUCCAGACUGCGAGCCGCUGUGAGUGUCUGUGUUUCCAGUGAUUACUCCAUUGGUCUUCAAAACAAUGGAACUCGUUGGACAGCAAAUGAGGAAAAUAAGACUUGAGUUUUUCUUGUUUGGUUUGGGGUAAAUUCCAGGCCCCAGGAAUCACUCUCAUCUCCCAGCCUUGGCUGAGAUUCAGUCAGGGCCUACUUCCUGUUUAGUAAUUGCUUUGGGGGUGAUGAGGAGAUAAGCUAUGAAGGUCAGCAGGCACAGAAUGGCUUUAUUUAACUCAUCUAUCCAUCAGCACCACUCAGGCAGAAUGGAUUUGAAGCUGUAGAUAUGAACAGACCUGCUGGAAUCUGCUUAUCUGAUUGAUUUACAUCCUGCAGGCUUCCCAAGAGUUGGUCUGGUUGAGUUUGACGCAAUUGGGCAUCAGGUUAGGUUUGAGGGAGAUGGAGAACUCACAAUCACAUUUGUCUUUUGUUCCUCUUCUUUCCACCAAAUACCCAGUGGUUCUGCCCAUCCAGCCAGUCCCUUUAAUGAGACACCAAUCCCGCUCAUUAUGUGCUUCAGCGUCACCUGUGCUGCCCAGCAGUUUAAAUGAAAGAAUUGUGUAUAAUUUGACCAGAAUUCACAUCUUACAAAUCGCAACAGAACUUGGCUGGUCAGGAGGCCUUGUGGUAACCCAACUGUAAUGUGGCACCUUGAGGAGUAAUGGUGCCGGCAGCCAGAUUGGCAACAUUGAGAUAUAUACCUGGGGAGGGAGGGUCUGAGGUUAUGAUUUAUCCUCGAGAUUAUAGCAAAAUGUGUUGUUCUUACUCCCCUCCCCCCAACCCACCCACUCACUGUACUGGAGGAUCACUGGGGGAAGGGUUGAGGCCAUGCUUUAUGCACCUUAAACCUCUCCUGUCAAAAAGCAAACGAGCUUCCCACAGAUAAGGGUAGGAGAAAGCUGGUCUUCUCUCUUAGCAAAGCACGUUCUCCACCCCCACCCCCAGUGAAGCAGACACGCCAGCAGUGAGGCAGGAUUCCCUAACACAGCUUAGAAUUUUUUAUAUAUACUAUUUAUUUAAUUUUUUAGAAAAAUAAUGAGUGAAACAAGCUCACCUGGUUUGCCCAGGUUAGAGUUGCUGUCGGCAGAAAGGCAAGUUAACUGCUGGCGUGAGGAAAGGUGCCAGCCACUGAUCACUGCGCUCAUUAUGCAUUGAUGAGGGCUAAAAUGCACAGACUGUGACGAGGCAGGUGGGCUUGCUGUCAGGGUCUGAGUAUCCCUUGCGCCAGCUGGAUGUGGUCACUGGCUCAUUAGAAAAGGCGUUCCUUAUCCUGCUGGUGACCAGACCCUUGUGUUAAUGAGCACGAGCUCACACGCAGGGAAGGAGACGGUGUUGGAAUCUUACUUGUGACACGGAUCUGCACAGGGUAUUGGGGGGUUAUGGCCGUGGGCCACAUACGUUCGUUCCAAUGUUCCAUGGUGAGAUGGCCACAGGUGUCCUCCACGUCCUCACUGCUGCAUGUUAUUGCUUCAUCCUGUGAUUGCAAACCAACUCCCACCCCAGCUUUCCUCCCAGACCAGUGACAGCACGUGUCUGUCUCUGUAUGUAAGUGGCGACGUGACUCGAUUCAGUGUCAUAUUUACAUGUUUUUUCUAUUGUAAAGCCCCCCCUGUGGUUUUAUCAAAUUAAGGUACAGUUACACAUUUGGUUGAAUCAUUAACCUGACGCCUCAACUGUUAUUGAUGAGUUCUUGUUCUGUCAAUGGAUGUGUUAGUGUACCGGGUCAGACUGUACAGUAAGACUUCCUAUAACAAGGCUUUCUCUGUGCAGAUGUUACUGUUAAACUUUUCAUGAAGUCUACUGGCAAAAGAAUAAAGUUAUAUUUAUUCUA